CCCUUUGGCGCUGCUCUGGCUGCCUUGAGGAGCCCUGAGGGGGACAAACUCCAUGUUUUUGUGGGAGGAGGGUUCCUGGGCCGCUUCCUCGUUCUGGGGAAACUUUGUGGUUCUCUUUUGAGGGACAUUUUCCCAGGGAGCCAUGGGGCAAGCAGAGGAGCUCAUAAGGAUGGCCAAGAAGAUGGAGAAAAUGGUCUCCAGGAAGAACACGGAAGGAGCUCUUGACCUGUUAAAGAAGCUGAACAGCUGCACGAUGACUAUUCAGCUUCUCCAGACGACAAGAAUAGGCAUAGCUGUCAAUACCAUCCGUAAGCACAGCCAAGAUGAGGAGGUGGUAGCUCUAGGAAAAGUCCUCAUCAAGAACUGGAAGAAGUUGCUAGAAUCAUCACAGGACCAGAAAAAGAAAAAGGAGAAAGAAAAAGAAAAAGGAAACAUCCCUGGUCUGCAAGUUGAAGAUGCACUUUCUCACCAAACAAACCUUUGCAAAAGUCCUGAUGGAAAGCCAAAAGACCGAAAACUGAACAAGUCCAUAUCUCAAGAGACAGAGCCAAAGAGUUGCACCUCUGUCAUUCCCAAGCCAGACAGAGAUCCCAAAGGUGCUUUGUCUGUUUCCAAAAAGUUGCACCUGGAGCUCAAGAAAGAAAGGUAUGUGUGCUUUUUACACUCAUCUCCCCACAUUCUCUGGGGUUGGGGGCACAGGACCCCACAUUUGCAUCUUCUUUUGCUUUUUGGCACCCUACUAUCGACGGGGAGACCGCUGCCGGACAAAUGCAUUAGAUGAUCCGCAGCUCUCAAAAUGGAAGAUGAUUACAAGCAAUUUGGAGUCAAUUGUGAUAAAAUGGCAGCUGAAAUCGAAGAUCAUAUCUACCAGGAAUUGAAGGGCAGUGAUAUGAAGUACCGUAACAGAGUGAGGAGCCGGAUCAGCAACCUGAAGGACCCUAAGAAUCCCAGUUUACGACGGAAUGUACUGAGUGGAGCCAUCUCACCCAGCCUCAUUGCCAGGAUGACAGCAGAGGAAAUGGCUAGUGAUGAGCUGAAGGAGUUGAGGAAUGCAAUGACCCAAGAAGCCAUCCGUGAGCAUCAGAUGGCAAAGACUGGUGGCACCACUACUGACCUCUUCCAGUGUGGCAAAUGCAGGAAGAAGAAUUGCACAUAUAAUCAGGUGCAAACACGGAGUGCUGAUGAGCCUAUGACAACUUUUGUGCUCUGCAAUGAGUGUGGGAACCGAUGGAAGUUCAGUUUCUGUUGCAAGGGGGGGCAAAGGAUGAAAAGGGCAGAGAGAGAAAGAAAAAGGAAUAACAGGAGAAAGAAAGAAAAUUAGAAAAUCAGUUUUCAUUGGCUAAUAUGGUGUGGAGUGUUAAAUUCUGUUGAUGCAACAUUCGUUUGUAUACCAGCCACAAAUGAGAAGACACUGCCCAGUUGCAACCAAAGAAAGCAAAGAAUCUUCAAUAUCUGCUGACAAAAGCAGGCAAAGGAGGAAAAUCUUAGAUCUGAAAUUUGAGCUUCCCUUAAAUGCAAUAGGAAUUAAUGAAUUACUUAAAGGGGGAUGAUGGUCUGGCAAUGAUUUAGGUGUUGCAGUGAUGUUUUGAAGGCACGGCUGUGUUCUGUUCUGCAACUAUGAUGCAGAACUCUGUAUUGGGCACAGAAUAUGACAUUUGAGACUUUCUGCUUUUUUCAUUUUCUUUUUAAAAAAUUCUAAGCCUUAAUGUUGAAAAGAUGAGUUUAGAAGUACAUGCUUGGGUAAUGUACUGCAAGCAUUGCCAUAUUGAGAGGUGUGGGCUGUGAAGUUUGUGGCACAAUGUGUCAGUUGCCCUGCAUAACAUCUGGACUCCUUGUUUGCGACUGGCAACAGCUUAGUCAAAUCUUGGAGCCUUUUUCUGAUGUAAAAGCUUGGUAAUUUAAACAACAAUAACAGUAAUAACAACUUGUUGAAUAUGCAGUUCUGACUUGGUACUCAAAAGGUGAAUGUCAUGACAGUAUCUUUUUAGAUGAAAGUGGAGAGUGCCCUAUUUUGGAGGUUUCCACACUGACUUUCAAGUAAAGACCCAGGUGGAAUGUAUGCUGAGCAGAAGUGGAUUGCAUCGGCAACAAUGAAGGCCUCAGACCUUAUGUGUAUUAGAAUCAUAGAAUUGGAAGAGACCACAAGGGCCAUCCAGUCCAAUCCCCUGCCAUGCAGGAAAUGUAAAUUAAAGCAUCCCCGACAGAUGGCCAUCCAGCCUCUGUUUGAAGACCUCCAAGG